UGUCCUGUAAAGACCUGUCCCCAUAGACGCUGCAGAUGCCAUGAACUCCCCAGAAGGACCAAGUUUCCGGUCGGGGCUGCUCUCCGGGGGCGCCUCCCCCAGCGGAGAGGAGGGCUUCUUCCCCUUUGUGCUGGAGCGGCGGGAGUCAUUCCUGGGAGGGGGCCCAGGACCUGAAGAGUCCGAGGACCUGGCCCUGCAGCUGCAGCAGAAGGAGAAAGACCUGCUGCUGGCCGCUGAACUCGGCAAGAUGCUUCUGGAGCGGAAUGAGGAGCUGCAGCGGCAGCUGGAGACGCUGAGCGCCCAGCACUUGGAGCAUGAAGAACGGCUGCAGCAGGAGAAUCACGAGCUCCGCAGGGGCCUGGCUGCCAGGGGCGCCGAGUGGGAGGCCAGGGCUGUGGAGCUGGAGGGGGACGUGGAGGCCCUGCGGGCUCAGCUGGGGGAACAGCGCUCAGAGCAGCAGGACAGCGGGCGCGAGCGUGCACGAGCCCUCAGCGAACUCAGCGAGCAAAACCUCCGGCUCAGCCAGCAGCUGGCCCAGGCCUCCCAGACUGAGCAAGAGCUUCAGCGUGAGCUGGACGCCCUUCGGGGGCAGUGCCAGGCGCAAGCCCUGGCGGGGGCAGAGCUGAGGACACGGCUGGAGAGUCUGCAGGCUGAGAACCAGAUGCUGCAGAGCCGCAGGCAGGACCUGGAGACCCAAAUCCGAGGCCUGCGUGAGGAGGUGGACAAAGGCCAGGGCAGGCUACAGACCACCCACGAGGAGUUGCUGCUGCUAAGGCGUGAGAGGAAGGAACACAGUCUGGAGCUGGAACGCGCACGCUUCGAGGCUGGGGAGGCGCUGAGCGCACUUCGGAGGCUGCAGCGGCGGGUUUCGGAGCUGGAGGAGGAAUCUCGUCUCCAAGACGCGGAUGUGUCGUGCGCCUCGUUGCAGUCAGAGCUCGCUCACAGCCUAGACGGCGACCAGGGUCAGGAUGCCAAGGCGUGCGGAGACGCCGAGAGCACCUUGUCCCUGGAGGCAAAAGAAGUGUCCAGCUCCCAGCCUUCAGCCCAGGAGGAGAGCUUGGAGCCCCCCAAAAAGAGGGCACCCCUGAGCCCAGCGGAGACACUAGAGGAGAAGGAGGCAGAAGUAUCCAGGCUGCAAGAUGAGAUCGCGCUGCAGCGGACAGAGCUGCAGACCCUGCGGGAGGAGCUGCAAAGGCAGAAGGAGCUUCGAGCGCAGGACGACCCGGAGGAGACCCUGAGGAGCGCACUCUCGGACCGGGAUGAGGCCGUGAACAAGACCCUGGAAUUGUCUCUGGAGCUCAGCCGCGUCUCGCUGGAGCGGGACUCCCUGUCUCGCGAGCUGCUGCGCACGAUCCGCCAGAAGGUGGCGCUCACGCAGGAGCUCGAGGCCUGGCAGGACGACAUGCAGGUGGUGAUUGGUCAGCAGCUGCGCUCCCAGCGCCAGAAGGAGAUGGGCGCCGCCGCGGCCCCGCGCCGCGCCACGACCCGCUUCUCACUGCGCCUGGGCCCUGGGCAGGCCGGCGGCUUCCUCAGCAACCUCUUCCGAAGGACUUGAGGACGGC